AUGAAUUUGCGGAGCCUACUUUGGAUUCUGACGGAGAGGAAGAAGAUCACGAUGCAGAGGUUGAGAAUGGAUAUUGAGGAGUCAGAUGCGUUGUCACAACCACAUGCAGCCGAACGACAAGCAGCGGAGAAAACCCUUGGUCGCCAGCCCACUAUCGAGAAAUUUCCGCGGCGCCGUGCAGGUGCUCCGAUACUUACCUCUGGCACUACGGCUUUUGAGUCUUAUAACAAUGCUCUGCAAGGUGCAGACAAUGUUUGGGCUCCCUUUGCGUCUCGCAUAGAUUACGAGGUUGCAAAGUGGGCAAAGCUUCGUGGAUCGGGCUCAACCGCUUUUUCAGAGCUGCUUGCAGUCGAAGGGCUUCAUGAUGCCUUAGGUCUUUCAUAUCGAAACACCCGCGAACUCAAUCAAAUCAUUGACCGACACUUACCAUGCAGACGACCUCGUUUCAAACGUGAAGAAAUCAUUGUUGCAGAUGAGGCAUUUGAUGUGUACUCACGCAAUGUCAUGGAGUGCAUCAAAGCCCUUUAUUCAGAUCCGGAAUUCUCGCAACACCUCAACUACGCUCCUGCACGCCAUUAUGUUGAUGUCGACAAAACGAUCCGAAUGUAUCAUGAUAUCCAUACAGGAAAGUGGUGGUGGUCCACGCAGAAAGAACUCGAAGCCAAGAAACCUGGCGCAACAGUUAUACCCAUCAUCCUUUCCUCCGACAAGACGCAGGUCACCAUGUUUAGGAACAAAUCUGCCUAUCCUGUCUACAUGACAAUAGGCAACAUUCCAAAGGAGAUACGUCGAAAGCCAUCUCGACGGGCGUGGAUUCUCCUUGCCUAUCUACCAACCUCAAAACUCGAACAUAUCACAAACAAGGCUGCGAGGCGCCGAACGGCAACAAAUUUGUUUCAUGCUUGUUUGCGUCACAUUCUGGAGCCUCUGAGAGUCCCCGGCGAGGACGGUGUUGCUAUGGUUAGUGGGGAUGGAGUUGUGCGUCGAGGACAUCCUAUUGUCGCAUGUUAUUCCGCUGAUUACCCCGAACAGUUGCUGACAACUGGGAUAAAAUCCGGAGAGUGCCCAAAAUGCGAUGUCCCGCAUGCGGAGUUGGGAAGUCCAGAUGUUCCUGUCAAGCUGCGAGACCUCAAGGCAAUAGUCGCUGCAUUGUCGCUUGUUGACGAGGACUAUGACCUGUGGAGACGAGCAUGCCAGGAGUGUCGCAUUAAGCCCGUCUUCAAACCAUUCUGGCUGGAUCUCCCGCAUGCUAAUAUAUUCCAAUCCAUCACGCCAGACGUCUUACAUCAACUCUACCAGGGUAUCGUAAAGCACCUCAUCGAGUGGAUCAAGGAGGCAUAUAGCGAAGCCGAGAUCGAUGCUCGUUGUCGUAGACUUCCCCCAAACCAUAAUAUCCGCCUGUUUCUGAAGGGUAUCAGUAACCUCUCACGUGUUAGCGGAACAGAGCACAAUCAAAUCUGUCGCAUCCUGCUCGGUAUUGUCAUUGGCAUACGGUUGCCUGGCAAUCUCAAUAAUGCUCGCCUUACUCGUGCUGUUCGCGCCAUCCUUGAUUUCCUUUACCUUGCGCAAUACCCUUGUCACACGGACGAAACACUGGCACUUCUCGAUGAUGCCUUAACACGCUUUCACGACAAUAAGGACAUCUUCCUUGAUCUUGGGAUCCGCUCGAAUUUCAACCUUCCGAAGCUUCAUGGCUUCCGUCACUAUGUACAUAUGAUCAAAACAUAUGGUACGACCGACAACUACAACACCGAGUACACCGAACGUUUACACAUCGACCUCACGAAGGAUGCCUAUAGGGCUACCAACCAUAAAGACGAGUAUAGUCAAAUGACACUCUGGCUCGAAAGACGGGAGAAGAUUCUAUGGCACGACAACUUUGUCCGAUGGCGUCUCGUUGGUGAUCUCGCCCCGCAAGAAAAGUUACCUCCAGACAUGGAUUAUCGUCGGGCAAUCAAGAUGACUAAACACCCGACCAUCAAGCGUGUCCAGUUGGACCGCAUUGUGCGGGAGUACGGUGCCACAUUUUUCACAGCAGCAUUGGCUCGUUACGUUGUCGGGAGAAAUCAACCGGGUUUGUCUGCAGCACAACUGGAACGAGAGGCUGCUCAUAUCAUUCUUCCCUUUGAUACUGUGGCUACAUUCCACAGGAUCAAAUUCAACACAAUCAAUGCUCACGGGAUCCAGGACUCGAGUGUCACCGUGGAUUCUGUCCAUUGUCAACCGUCACACGAGGACAAGAGAGGACAUAUGGUCCCUGCACGUUUUGACACUGUUUUGGUCAACGAAGGGGACGGUGGGAUAACGGGUGUCGAUGGUUACCGCGUUGCGCAAGUUCGUGUCGUCUUUACGCUAACACAUCAAGCUUCAAAUGUGUUAUUCCGCGCUGGACCUGCGCAACCACCCACCCACCUUGCUUAUGUGGAAUGGUUUACACCAUUCCAGCAACCAGAAUCACACCAUGGGUUGUACAAAGUUGGCCGCUUGAUUCGUCAUGGAGAGCGUCUGGCAAGUAUCAUUGAUAUAUCAGAUAUCCGUAGGAGCAUUCAUCUUAUACCUAAUUUUGGCGCAGCGGCACCUCGUGAAUGGACGAGUAGCACCGUUCUGGAGUGCUGUUCCACCUUCUUUGUAAACUCGUUCAGUGACCGACACGCUUAUUUAACUAUUGUCUGAGCUUUACAAUGAAAUCUGUUGAAAUACCCUCGAAUACGAGUAAUUUACCGAAUUUCCUAG